UCGGCUCCCUUCUUAACUCGCUUGCCGACAACGCGCCGAGCACAAGCUCGCGUCGCGUCGCGCGCGCACUCGCACUCACGCUCAUUCACUGAGCCAUUACUCAGCUCACCUACUCCAGAUCUCAUGGCGCCCUCCCGCUGCCACCGCCUCCUCCUCCCCACGACCAUGGCCCCGGCGUGCUUAGCCCUCGUCCUCGUCCUCCUCCUCGCGCUCUGCGCCGCGCCGGCGCCGGCCCACGCCGCGCGCGCCCUGACGCCGGGCCGCGCGGGCGCGGUCACCAAGGCGCAGCAGGGCGGCAGCAACGCGACGGCGGCGGCGGCGGACGAGUACCUGGCGCCGCACAACCAGGCGCGCGCGGCGGUGGGCGUGCCCCCGCUGCGGUGGAGCGCGGACCUGGCGUCGACCGCGGCGGCGGUCGUGGCGCAGCAGCAGCGGCAGGUCGGGUGCGCGUUCGUGGACAUGGGCGGCAGCCCCUACGGCGCGAACCAGGGGUGGGCGAGCUACCGCGCGCGGCCCGCCGAGGUGGUGGCGUCGUGGGUGGCGCAGGGGCGCUACUACACCCACGCCAACAACACGUGCGCGCCGGGGCGGCAGUGCGGCACCUACACGCAGGUGGUGUGGCGCCGCUCCGCCGAGGUCGGGUGCGCGCAGGCCACCUGCGCCGCCGGCGCCACGCUCACGCUCUGCCUCUACAACCCGCACGGCAACGUGCAGGGACAGAGCCCCUACUAGCUUACUAAUAGCUCGGUGGCGGGCAGGCGGGCCGGCCGGCCGAUCAGGUUGGUGGCGCUCCGUCCUGUUGAGCCGCCGACGCGGAUGCCGGCGUCGGAGCGCGAUGCAGCAUGGUUAGUGUAAGAGACGCCCACGUAGCUCUAGUCCUUUCCGUUACGGUCACGGUUUGCUUUGUGUGUCUGUGGUGUGUGAUCCGGUGGCGUUCUUGGUGUUCAGAACUGCUUUGGUUAACACUGUGUUCAGAAAACGCUUGUGAUGUGAUGCUUGUUCGUUAUGGUGUUGAUCCGCGUUA